GUCAAAGUCACGACGACUCUCUCUGACACUGCCACCUAGAGCCAAAUAAUGUACUGAAUCACGGGUUGAUCGAAGCUCAGGGACACCUUACUUGCAGUGAUGGCGUCUACGUGGUCAUUGCCCCGAUACUGUCUCCUAAUCUCGCAGUGCCUUUCUGCCCUACCUUUUCGAAAAGACUCGUUCAAUGAGGCAUGUUAACCACAGCCAUGUACCCAUCUCUGAUCCUUCCAUGGUCCCCUCACCCAAGUGAAGCUGAGAGACGCUAUCGCGACGCCGGGCUCGUGAAAACGAAGGGCACACUCUUCCUGCUUCCACCCUCCAAUAACGUACUACGCGAAACAUUCAAUGCUCCUCCAAGACCCAAGACCCGCAUGUCCUCAGGCGCAGUUGCGCUCUGCAAACACUUUGAACGUGGUGGUGCAUCGUCUGAGCAUGGUCGGCUCCAUCCCUUUUGGACCCUACCGACGGGCAGCAAUGAAGAUAAGACAAACACUGCGAGCCAAAUAUUGGAAGACAUGUUGGCGCACGCAAUCUGGAAGAACGUCAUGUUGCUGCACCAUGGGGUGGCGGUUUAUGAGAUGAGAAAUAGCCUAGGGUUCGGUCUGAGGUGGACCUUGGAUCUAGACGCAAAAUCUCCUAGCGAAGAGACAGACGAGAAGAGGGACGACCUUGAUAAGGAGUGGACCAUCGCCAGAACAACAUUUCGAGGCUUCUUGGAGCCAAUUGCUGAGAUGGCCCAUGAACGUCCCUCUGCGAAUCAAGAAAAGAGCCAAGACGAGGAGGACGCUGUACUUGAGACCUUCUGAUGAGAAGUCUCACGUUUGGCAGCGUCAAGGACAUUUCCGAACGUCCAAAGGCCUGUUCUACCAGACGGAGCCCUUUCCGACCGAGCAGUCAAGGAAAGGGGACCAGCAUCCAGAUAUCGGGCCCAAUGUCCAGAUCUGCAUCUGCUUGUUCUUACUUGAGUUCAUCCCCGGUGAUACUCAUCCGGACCAGAACCAGCUGAGACCAGGGUCGGGGGUUUACUUGGAAUCCGUCGAGAUGCAGGAUGGACGCGCGCGGGACCACAAAUAGAUAUAUAAGCCCGAUAAGAA